AUGGCUUGUCCCUGCUGGGUUGGAGAUAUCACUAUCCAAGGCCUGGAAACCGAAAGACCUCGUUUGGUUCGCAGUGUGUCGACUGUUGAGCCGCGUUCACCCCUGCCCAGGAGCGUCAGCCGGAUGAACAUCGCUGCUAACGAGUACAAGCCACAAAGCAGCCCUAAGCAGAAGACGCGAGGCACAGGCUCGAAAGGAAUACUAAGACAACCGACGACCAAGUUCCCAUUCGAAGACAAGCAAUACCUCCGACCACACAUCACGAAGAGACCACCAGAUCGUUUGCGCGCUGAGGUUGGAGCCUUCGAUUCCGGAGUCCCAGCUUCUGAUGUCAUCAAGGUUCACGCUUACAGACGGCGGGGAGUUCCUGUGAAGCAGGAUCGAGAUUUGAGUCUGGUGCUUGACAAAGCUCCGAUCAAGAAAGGCGACGUGAUUGUUGGAAAGACGUUUGCGCCGGAGUCAAGCUUGCCGCGUCAUGAGGAUCGUGAUACCAGGCAGAAUAAGAAUAGAAAUGCAUUGGAUAACAAUGCACCCACGAGAGGAGCCAGGUCGCCAGAGUGGUGA